UACCACUACAACGGGAAAAAUGCAGGCAACGAGAGCCGUGAGCGAGUUCCGCCAAUCACAGUCGAGCGUUCUCGAGAAGGUUUCUCUUUCCGUUUGUCGCUUGCAUACAUUCAUACGUACAAGUUUUUCAGACCGAAAUCGUACCGUGAAAAUUCCAUGGGAUUUACCAUCGCCAUCGGAAGUAAUUCCUUGCUUCUCGUUCAAUUCCUCUUCCUCACUUGGAGGCUUAAAGAGAGACAGGGAGAGCAGCCCCGCCGACGCUUCCUUUCUCCGUUGGAAGCGAGGUUCGGCCACGUGUGCGGGGGGCACUGUUAAGCCCGUAUCAGAACCGCGUCGAGGGAGGAUCGCACAAACUAUGCGAAUUCGAAUUGCAAAUCGAAACGAAUUAAGAGACUUUAAGGCGAUCCGAUUGGCCGAAUUCUAAUCCCCGUCAUUCCCGAUCACCAAGUUUCCGUCGCCUUCAGUCUUGACAGGGCACGAGGCCUUACAUAUACGACCACCUGGGGCAGAAACGUGUGCGAGACGUUUACGCGAGACCGAGAGGAGAGAACGUAAACUGUUUUUUUUUUUCAAGUGAUCCCAGAGAGCCUGAAAGAAAGGGG